CAUAUACGGAACUCUCUGCUCGACAAGUAAAGUAGAUUUCCAUAGGUAGGUAACUGUCCCAGAUCGUCGCGAUCUCCAUUGAAGUGAUUACGUUUCAUUGCAGUUUGAUAGCUUAUUUUUUAAUUUAGUGGUUAUUUAGUUGGCCUCGAGCGUUUUUGGAAGUCUAUUAUUUCUGCGCUGAUUGCACUGGGACGAAAAUAAAAUGGCCAGCUUACGACUGAUUGGAACUUCGAUGCAUCGAAAUUUGACCUUUGCCCGGUCGAUCAAUUUCAGGGGUGCAGCUCCGAUGGUGAACGGCCGAUUUUUAGCUAGCGCUCCAACCGGAAAACACAUCAAGACCAAAAUUGUUGAUGGAGUCCUGGUAGCUACCCUGGACUCCCCCAACGCAAAGGUCAACUCGUUGGGCGAGGAAGUUUCGGCAGAAUUCAAUGCUCUAAUCCAAGAUCUGGAAACCAACUCAGCCGUAAAUUCGGCAGUUAUCAUCUCCGCAAAGCCAGGAUGUUUUGUAGCGGGUGCCGAUAUUAGCAUGCUGGAAAAAUGCAAAACUGUCGAAGAAGCCACCAAAGUGUCGCACGAGGGACAGCUGCAGUUCAACCGGAUUGAGAAGUCUAGGAAGCCUAUUGUUGCUGCUAUUAAUGGAGUUUGCUUGGGUGGAGGAUUGGAACUGGCGUUGGCUUGUCAUUACCGGGUAGCGGUCAAGGACAAGCGAACAAACUUGGCAUUACCGGAGGUGAUGCUAGGGUUGCUGCCAGGUGCAGGUGGCACUCAACGGCUACCGAAGCUGACGUCGAUACCUACGGCAUUGGAUAUGGCGCUCACUGGUAAGAACAUCAAAGCAGAUAAAGCCAAAAAGCUAGGACUGGUCGAUUUGCUGGUGAAUCCAUUGGGACCGGGAUUGAAAACUGCGGAACAAAACACCAUUGAAUAUUUGGAGAAGACAGCCAUCCAAGUGGCUAAGGAUCUGGCCACUGAAAAAAUGAAGAUCAACCGGAAGAAAUCAGGAUUGGUUAAUUCGAUUACGGAGUUUGCUUUUUCGAUCGAUUGGGUUAAGGAAAAGGUAUUUGCAAAGGCUCGGGAGCAGGUGAUGAAGCUCUCCGGCGGAUUGUAUCCCGCUCCGCUUAAGAUUUUGGACGUCAUUCGCGUUGGUGUCGAUAAGGGCUUCGAGGCUGGUUCGGAGGCGGAACGCAAAGGAUUCGGUGAACUGUCUCAAACACCCCAAUCGAAGGGUCUGAUUGGAUUGUUCCGGGGACAGACCGAAUGCAAAAAGAAUCGCUUUGGGAAGCCUGCUAAAUCGCCGAAAACGAUUGGUGUUCUGGGCGCUGGAUUGAUGGGUGCCGGUAUCGUACAAGUCAGCAUCGACAAGGGUUAUCACGUAGUUAUGAAGGACACAACAGAGGCUGGACUUGGUCGUGGUAUCGGACAAAUUCAAGGUGGUCUGCAGAACGCCAUGAGGCGUAAGCGCAUCAGCGCCAUUGAGCGGGAUCAAAUUCUAUCGAAUUUGAAUUCCACGCUAAGCUACGAACCAUUCAAAAAUACCGAUAUCGUCAUCGAAGCAGUAUUCGAAAAUAUCGACAUCAAACACAGAGUGAUCAAGGAAUUGGAACAGGUUAUUCCGAGCCAUUGCAUCAUUGCCACCAACACGUCGGCUAUUCCGAUUACGAAAAUUGCUGCGGGUAGUUCACGGCCAGAGAAUGUUGUCGGAAUGCAUUACUUCUCACCGGUAGACAAGAUGCAACUGCUGGAAAUUAUAACUCAUCCAGGAACGUCGAAGGAAACUUCGGCGGCUGCCGUUGAAGUGGGCCUGAAGCAGGGUAAAGUUGUGAUCACGGUCGGAGAUGGACCAGGAUUCUACACCACUCGGAUUCUAUCAACUAUGCUGUCUGAAGCUAUAAGGCUACUACAGGAGGGUGUAGAUCCCAAGGAUCUGGAUAAAAUGACCAAGAAGUUUGGGUUCCCUGUUGGUGCAGCCACGUUGGCCGAUGAGGUCGGUAUCGAUGUUGGCUCUCACAUUGCUGCUGACCUUUCCAAGGCCUUCGGAGAACGUCUGAGUGGAGGAAACUUCAGUUUGAUGGACGAUAUGGUGAAGGCUGGAUUCAUGGGCCGGAAAUCGGGCAAAGGUAUCUUCAUCUAUGGCAGCGGAAAGAGCAAGAGCCGAGAGGUCAAUCAGGAUGCCCUGGCUAUCGUUCGUCAGAAGUACGCCCUGCAGUCUCGUGGUGCCAACAGCGUGGAAGAUAUGCAACUGAGGAUGGUUUCGCGGUUUGUGAACGAAGCCGUGCUGUGCCUUGAGGAGAAGAUUUUGGAUAACCCUCUGGAGGGAGACGUUGGUGCAGUUUUCGGACUUGGAUUCCCACCAUUCACCGGAGGACCAUUCCGAUGGGUUGACCAGUACGGUGCCGAUAAAUUGGUGGACAAGAUGAACCAGUACGCCGAUCUGUACGGUGCUCCAUUCAAGCCGGCACAAACAUUGCUGGACAUGGCCAAGGACUCGAGCAAAAAGUUUCACCCUAGCAAAUAGAAACCUUCUUAUACAAUAAGUUAAAAAGUAUCCGUUUAUGGCGGUUUGGUUUCCGAUAGAAAAGUCUGCCCUUUUAUAAGUAAUCCUAUUUUUUUGGAAGAUUAUAACGAUUAGGUUUGUUUUUAAUGUAAUUUCCCCUUUUGUUUUGUUGUUUUUUCUUCGUUAGACGCUAUGCAUUUUUGUAAAAUGAAAUUAAAUAUAUUCAUAAAAAACUA